CUGAAAGUGAGGAAGGAGAUGAAGAUGUUGUCAAAAUUUUUAAUAUUGACAAGUUUCAUGUAGAGAUGCCUAUAGAUGACCCUACAAAUUUGACAGGUGAUUUUGUUGUAAAAUCAGCCAUGGGUGCCAAAUUUGAUGCUUUUAGAACAAUAUUGAUGAAUGAAAAGUUGGAGGAUUUCUUUAAAUCUAGCUGUUUUGGAUACUUUCUUGAUUUGCCGGAGGCUAACAAUGCACGUUUUCAAAUGAGCAUGGUGUAUGAUCUUCUCAAGCGCAGAAUCAAGUAUAAGGGAGCUGAUAAUGAUGCUUUGGAGGAUAAGAACAAGAAAAUGGAUGAGAUUUGGAUAAACUACUGUGGCAUGCCUGUUUGUUUUGGCAUAAAAGAAUUUGCCAUAGUGACUGGACUGAGAUGUCAUCCUCCUUCUGAACCUCUUCCUAAAGUUGCACGCUUAAGAAAGCCAAGAGAAAAAAAGAUAUCUAAAUCAGUCAAGGUUGGCAAGAAAGGUAAAAAGCCAGUCAAGACAGUCAACACCAAAACCAACAAAGGCAAAGAAAAACCAAAUAAUGAAAAUGAGUUGUUGGCUAUUAUUGGACCUAGUUAUAAAGCCAAAGAUUUGAUAGAAGAUCUCCAGAGCAAAAAGGUUUUAAAGAAGCACAAAGAGCGACUGUGCUUAGUUUGGUUUGUGCAUGCUAUUUUAUGGGCUAAAGACAUCAACAAUGUCAUAGAUCUUAGUUUGUUUGUGCUUGCUCAAGAUUUGGAUGCAUUCAACAAUUACCCAUGGGGUAAUGAUAGUUAUUUCUUGACUGUCGAGUAUUUGGUGUCAAAGUUAUCACCGAAGACUAACAAUUUAUAUGGCUUUCCUUGGGCUUUCAUGGCUUGGGCAUUUGAAGCAAUACCUUAUCUCAGGAAGCAAUUCAACGAUUACUCGAAAGAAAUUUCUCAACCAAGGAUUCUUAGGUGGUUGUCUGCCAAGAACAACCCAAAAAUAAAUUCCGUUGAUCUAUUCGAUCCUCCUCAUGAUAUA